UGGACAGGCGAUAAUUUAAUGGGAAUAAAAACAUGAUAAUGAUGGAUUCGUUACUAAUUACGGUGCUCAUAGCAACUGUUUCCAUAACAACUGCUUUGGAUAAUGGUUUGGCCUUGACUCCGCCUAUGGGUUGGUUGUCAUGGGAACGCUUCCGUUGUAAUGUUGAUUGUGUAAAUGACCCAGAUAAUUGUAUCAGCGAGAAGUUAAUAAAGCAAAUGGCAGAUCUGAUGAUAUCAGAAGGAUAUAAGGAUGCUGGCUACGAGUAUGUUUGUUCGGAUGACUGCUGGCAGUCUAUGUCUAGAGCUGCUAAUGGAAGUCUGGUAGCUGAUCCACAACGAUUCCCGAGUGGAAUAAAGGGUCUAGCAGAUUAUGUUCACAGUAAAGGGCUAAAACUGGGUAUUUAUGAAGAUUUUGGACAUUUGACAUGUGAAGGUUAUCCGGGAUCAGAAUUCUAUCUUCAGAUGGAUGCCCAGACAUUUGCUUCGUGGGAAGUGGAUUUACUUAAGUUUGAUGGAUGUAAUUCACAAUUAGACGAUUCCGAUCGUGGCUACCCCGCUAUGAGUUUCUACUUAAAUCAAACAGGUCGACCAAUGGUAUUUACUUGUGAAUGGCCUCUUUACCAGACUACGCAAGGCAUCAUGCCUAACUACACCGGUAUACGAGAUGCCUGCAACUACUGGAGGAACUGGAAGGAUGUCCAGGACUCGUGGGACAGUAUAAUAGAGAUCAUUGACCACAUGGGAGAUGAUGUUGGUAAUUUUAGUAGUUUCGCCGGCCCUGGUGGGUGGAACAAUCCCGACCAGUUGAUUGUUGGGGAUUUUGGAUUAAGUCAAGAGCAGGAAAGGGUUCAAUUCGGGAUGUGGGCCAUGAUGGCGUCUCCGUUGAUGAUGUCUGUUGACCUGAGAAACAUCCGACCAGAAUCAAAGGCUUUAUUACAAAAUAAAAAUAUUAUCGCCAUAAAUCAAGAUCCUAGAGGUAUAAUGGGAGUCAGAACACAACAGAUGGGUUUAGUUGAAAUAUGGAAUCGACCUCUGACCCCCGUGGGCAAUAUGGCGACAGCCUUCAUUAAUAAAGAUACGGGUGGUAAACCAUCUAUUGUUCCUGUAACCGGAAGUGACCUAGGACUUGUAUCUGGGUCUCUAUAUACUGUAUACGACGCCUUUACAAUGUCUGUUGUUUAUAAUAACGCUUCAUCUAAUGUUAAUUAUAAGAUUAUUGUUAAUCCUACUGGUAUUACUAUGUUUAAUAUACAAUUACAGAAAUAA